AUGUCAUUAUUCAACAAGCCGAAGCGAAAUAUACGCCGACGUCCUUUCAACGAUGAGGAUGAAGAUAAUGAAAACAGAAUAGAGGUGGAGGACGCGCAGCCUGUCAAAAUUAAGACGAAGAAGAAGGAUAAGCCAAAGCAGACGCGCCUCAGUUUCGGAGAGGAGCUGGAACAAGGGGACGACGGAGAAGUUUUUAUAGUCAAGAAAUCGUCGAGGAGCAAAAAGCUGAUGAAACAGCUAGAUCACGAGAGGAAGAAAAAGAAAGGUGAAGAGAAAAUGCAAAUGGACACUGAGCAAGCGAAUAAAUCCAUUAAGCAGGAAAAAGAUUUAGAGAUAAAGACAGAUGAUCUAGUAGUUAAAAUAAAAAACACGGGACCCCUGAUUUUGAACGGACGUGCUGCGUUGGCAGCAGGAAAGGAUGACUAUACAUCGGAUGAAGAGGAAGAUGAGUCUUGCAGUCACAAAUUUCGGAAAAAUACAGAUAAAGCUGAAACUGUUAAGAUACUACUUGAAAGUGGAUGUAUACCUGACGCAGCUAUGAUCCAUGCAGCGAGAAAGCGUAGACAGAAAGCAAGAGAAUUGGGAACUGAUUUCAUUCCUAUUGAAGAGCAAAGUGAUGACAAGGGCAAGUCCAGACUAAUACGAGAAGAAGAUCAUGAUCAAAGUGACGAUGAUGAUUCUCAAGACCGACUUGAUAUGACUGUCAACACAGAAGCACGUGAUAAAGAAAAGAGGAGAGAAGCAUUUCUUGCUUCUCAAGUUCCAAUAAAAUUUUCAGAUAAUGAAAGUGAACACGAAAAUGAAGAAGAAGAAUGGGAAGCUCAACAGAUACGAAAGGGUGUAACCGGCGCUCAGAUUGCAGCGGCACAGCAGGAUUCUAUGUUACAACAACAAUAUACAAUGGGUGUGAAUGUUAAUCAAAUGAUAGGAUCUGGUGUAUCUUUAGAAAUGGUAUUAAUGCCUGCACCGCCACCACCUCCAUCCAUUCAACCACCAGAUCCGACAAAGAUUGUACCCCUUACACCACAAGAAGUUGUGGACAGAAUGCGCGCAAGGUUGGACAGUUUGAAAGAGGUACAUAGACGACAUCAGCAAGAUCAGGAGCGUUUAGAACAAGAAUUACAGCAAACCGUGAAAGAAUUGGACGAGGGCGAAGUUCGUACGCCGCAUUACGCACAACGCUUCAGAUAUUACCAAGAGUUGCGUGGGUAUGUCACUGACUUGGUAGAGUGUCUUGAUGAGAAGCUUCCUCUGGUUAUCGAGUUGGAGCGACGCUGGUUAGAUCUGUAUGGCGAACGCUCGACCGAAUUGAUGGAACGGAGACGACAGGACACGAGGGAUCAGGCAGAAGAAAUAACUGCAGCAAGAGGUCAAGCUAUGAGAAGAGGACCGGAAGUAGAAGCUCAUGUACGACGAGCUACAGAAAGGGAAGGUAGGAGAGCCCGUCGUAGAAGAGCGAGAGAAUUAGCUUCAAAUAUGCCAAAACAUAUCGAUGGCAUGUCUAGUGACGAUGAAGUUACUGAGCAACAAAAUCUCGCAUUUAAACAAGCAAAAGAUGAAAUUGAUAAUGAUUGUAAAAGUAUAUUUUCUGAUGUCAUGGAGGAAUAUUGUACAGUACGUGGUAUACUUUCAAAGUUUGAAUUGUGGAGAGAGACGGACAUAGACGCGUAUACAGAAGCUUAUGUGUCGUUAUGUAUACCCAAAAUUAUUUCUCCAAUUAUCAGAUUACAAUUAGUUGGCUGGAAUCCAAUUAUGGAAAGCGCUGACAUAGAGAGGACAAAAUGGUACAAUACAUUGCUUCUAUACGCUUUAGAUAGCAAAGAGACGGAGGAGUCGUUGAAACGAGAUCCGGAUGUUAGAUUAAUACCAUUCACAAUUGAAAAGAUUGUAAUCCCAAAAUUGACAUCUAUUAUCGAAAAGAUAUGGGAUCCAAUGUCGACAUCUCAAACUUUACGUCUUGUAGGGGCUACAAAUCGUCUCAUCAAGGAAUAUCCGAAUUUAAAUGAUACAAGCAAACAAUUGAAAAUUCUAUUUAAUAUUAUUUUAGAUAAAAUUAAGGCUGCUGUUGAGAAUGAUGUUUUCAUACCCAUCUUUCCAAAACAAGUUUUUGAUACAAAACAUCAAUUUUUCCAAAGACAAUUUGCAAUGGCCGUCAAGUUACUGCGCAAUUUAUUAAGUUGGCAAGGUCUUCUUGGAGAUAUGCAGCUAAAAAACUUGGCGUUAGGCUCACUUUUGAAUCGUUAUCUUCUGGCCGGAUUACGAGUGUCUUGUCCAACUGAUGCUUUAUUUAAAGCAAACAUGAUCAUGAGUACGCUACCAAGAACGUGGCUACAAGGGGAAACUAUAGAACAUCUCAGAAUGUUUGCCGCCCUUAUUCAACAGCUUAGCGAACAGUUGGAUCAAGCAAAUCCUGCACAUCAUGAAGCCUGGGAAUAUGCCAAGUCCAUCUUGAAAAUAAUCAAGCCAUUGUAA